UUGGCUGCCAGCAGCAGCAUCCGCUCAGAGGGUCCGCAUUUGAGGAGCAUCAGCUAGAGCGUGUCCAUUUUGUGCAUCUACAACAUCUUAAAUCGGCUGAGUCACACCUACACCGGCGGUCUCAGUUAUAACAAUAAAAUACGACCAUCAACAAGGAUUAAAAUAAAAAACGUUAGCAGGUUUUACACCCUAUCGUCUCGAAAAAUGGUCAAAUUGGGGAAUCAUUUAAGUGACAAAAACAACGCCAAAACCGUCUCAGAAGAUGGAUACGACACCAUUCCCCUCAUAACACCCUUAGAUGCCAGUCAACUGCAGUUCCCUGUACUCGACAAGGUGGUGGUAAAGACCAAAACAGACUAUGAUGGGGAGCACAAGAAGAGCAAGCUGCACUCCCCCAAGAUAGCAGCAUUCUCAAUAAGCAUCAUUGAAGGGGUAUCUGAGCGACUUAAAGUCACUCUGCUGGUGAUUUGUGCUUUGGCAUUUCUGGUCUGCGUGAUGUUUCUGGUGGUCUAUAAAGUCUACCAGUAUGAGCAGCCCUGUACAUAUGGCUUCAUGUACACGGUAAGCUACUACACAAGGUCGGUGCAUGCCGACGGGGCUAUACAGCUACUACCCCCCUGGUGGUCGCGGGCGUCUCUUCACCAUCAUCAACCACUACAUGGCCAAGCAGACCAUCACCCAGUCCGUGUCCCCGUGGAUGACCGUCAUGUCAGAGGAGAAGGUCACCCAGCAGGAGACCGAGACCCACCAGAAGCUGGCCUAAUCCACUGGGCUGUAUUCAGAGAAGUGAAACGUUAAGAAUGCUAUCAUCCAUAUGACUUAAACAGAAGUACAUUUGAUGCUGUUUUUUUUGGGGACACUUGAGGAAAAUGGAUUGGCUUUGAACUGUACACCAAAUAUCUAUUAAAAUGCACACAUUUCACAUCAA